AUGUUUUCUAACCAACUGUCCUCCACUCCUUUCUCAGUCCGGGAUAUUUUAAAUCUGGAACAGAAUCAUGAAGACAUGGUGUCGUUAGAAAUGUCGCUCCCCACCUCAUCCUGCAUGAUGUUUAAAUCUGAACCGUUUGCAGACGUGGUUAACGUAGGCGCACUGUUUUCUCCUGAGGACGAACAGGACGCUAAAGCCGACAGGAGCGCAAAUUCAGACUUUAGUCCUGGUUUUUAUGGAAAGAGUUUCUUAGAGAUGGAUCUAGCCAAAGACGUGAAGCACGAAACGUUGGACACCAAAGAGAGGAAAGGUAAGGUGCGUUGCCAGGAGGAGCGUCAGAAGCCGGAUGAAGCGGACCGGCCGGGGCAGAAGAAGCGCAGGAAGCCGCGGGUACUCUUCUCUCAGGCGCAGGUGUACGAGCUGGAGAGACGCUUCAAGCAGCAAAAGUACCUAUCUGCACCCGAGAGGGAUCACCUGGCCCAUGUACUCAAACUAACCCCCACCCAGGUGAAGAUCUGGUUUCAGAACCGGCGUUAUAAAUGCAAGCGCCAGCGCCAAGACCAGACGCUGGAAAUGGUGGGCGCGGGUCCGCCGAGGCGCGUGUCCGUGCCCGUGCUGGUGCGCGACGGCAAGCGCUGUUUGGGAGACGCUGCGUCCGCCUAUAACUACAACAUGGGCAUGAACCACUUUUCCUAUAACACCUACCCCGCUUUCAGCAACGUUAACUUCCCCAGUGCGGCUACAGGGAACACGAACUACACCUGUAACUACACGGCGAGUGCUAGUGUGCCUGCAGUCCAGCCCUCACCGUCUAACGGGAAUUAUGUGAAUUUUGGAGUGGGGGAUCUGAGUACCGUACAGGCGCCCUUUCAAACCAGCGGUGGAGUUUCAUCGUUACAUGGUAUCAGGGCCUGGUGA